AAGUUUUGAGGUUUAGUAUUAAACUUUAGUUCAUGCACUAUGUCUUAUUUUAUCUAUACAUUGCAGAUGUAUUGAUGAUUAAUACAUAUUCUUGAAUACAAUCCUGCAGAGAACAGAGGCAUACGGAGAGACCAUCACUUCAAAUGGAAAUGACCAGGUCCUUUCCAGGUGUUUUCACCAAGGCCAGAGGGAAGAGGCGCUUUCCUGCAGCAAAUCUUGUUCCUGCCAAGAGACUUAAACCACUUGAUGUGGCUUUCUAUUUGUUGCCAAAGCAGUGUGAAAAAACCCCGAAAGAGCAGGAGCAAAUAGUCCAUAUGCAUGCAGGAUUGGGCCGUAGGACUGCUCAUCUAGAUGAAAGCACAACCCAUGAAGAGUUAUGUGAUGCCCUCAAAGUUUUAUUUCCAAAAUUGGGGACCGUGACUGGUGGGUGGCUGCUAUACAAAUCUGCAGGUGGAUGGGGUAGCCGAAAACUCUCUCUUGUGGCUCCUGAUGAGACUGGCUAUACAGGCAUGAUCUUGAAGUCUGUAAGUCGUGGGGGUAAAAAUCUAUUCAUAGCCCCAAUUCAAGAGGAACUCAGCACAAAUCCCCUACCACUAACUGAUGAAGCAUUCAGUAGCAUGCCAAAAGCCACAUGUCAGAAGUGUGGAGUUGCAGUUCCUCUUCCACUCCUGACAGAACACAUCAAGUCUUGUGAUGUCAUGUAUGUUGGCAGUGAUGAUAACCUGGCUAAUGUGGAAAGCAGUGAGCCUGAAGACAGAAAAUCAGAUAUGCAGGAAUGUCCUGUCUGCACUAAAAUGUUUCCUACUGAUGUUAUUGAGGUACACGCUUCUUCAUGUGUGGAAAGGCUGGUUAACUAUCAGUGACCCCACCAAGGCCAUAUCUCAGUGUGCUGACAGUUUUCUCCGUAUUCAUGAAACGGAGAGCCCCUUACUUCUCAGCAUGGACAUCAGAAAAAGCCCUGCUGAACAGGACAUGGCCCUAAUCUCCUUCUACAAGCGAACUAACGUGGAAUGGGGACGGCCUCUGAAUUGCAAACUUGAAGGAGAUACUGCUAUUGGACAGGGUGUAACUCGCUUCUUUUUCUCAACAUGCAUGGAAAAACUGAGGUCAGGGUUUUGCAUCAAUUUUGCAAACUCAAAUGUUACACGGCUUUUUGAAGGAGAGCCUGGCCAUUUAGUCCCCUCAGCCUCUCACUUUCUUGUGGAAAGUGAUAUGUUCAUGGUGGCGGGGAGAAUGGUAGGCCACUCCUUUCUUCAUGGAGGACCAUGCCUGUUGGGACUCAGCCCUGCUGUUGUUCAUGUCCUGCUUGGUGGGAGUCCUGAAACUGCAACUGUUACACUAGAGGACUGUCCAGACCUGGACAUCAGAGAAACAAUCGAGCUUCUUGAAGGGGGAUCCAUACUGUCAGAUAAGGAUAAACAGCGUGUCCAGGACUUGGCCCAUGCAUGGGACCUCCCUUGCCUAACUGAGAAAAACAGGAGAUGGCUUUUUGAGAAGCUAUUGAUCCAUGCUGUAAUAGGACGUGUCACAAGGCAAAUUAAGCAGCUGAGACGAGGUCUUAAAGAAACCCCAAUGUGGACACUGGUGACCCAAAGACCUGACACAGUGGCCUUGCUUUUUCCAAAAGAGGGAGCAGGAAAUUUCAGCCCUGAGGUACUUCUUCAGCGACUCACAUGGCCUCGUGAGGAUAGUGACGAUGAUGACGAUUGUUCAGUUGACACCAAAUGCCGCAUAUCAGGCUAUCUUCGACAGUUCAUUGCUGAUGCAACACCAACUGAACUGACCGACCUGGUCAAAUUCUGGACCGGAUGGGAGAUUCUACCACCGAGUCUCUCUGUAGAAGUGGUCGAGGGCAGAUACCCCACAGCCUCCACUUGCUUUGAGACCUUGCGCAUCCCAGGGCAUUACAAGGAUUACACAUCUUUUAAAUGUGACAUCCUGGCCUGUAUUUGCAGUUGCCAUACAGGAUUUGGUCUUGUGUGAGUGACAUUUGGCUUGUAUUUACCCUUGUAAG